CGACGUGGACUGUUUGGAGGUUAAUGACAAUCUUCCUGAGUAUUAGAGCCUGGAUAUCUGUUUUUGGAUUGGAUUGGCUGCGGUUGGUCGAGAUGGUGCCGCAGCGGUGAAUAUCAAAGUCGAAGCAUCCAGGGCAGCCAAGCGCUUGGAAUGGGCAUGUGCUGAUUGGAGGAGAGAGGGAAAGAGAGAGAGACAUCUGUGAGGACGAAGGCAGACGAAGAACCGGCUGAGAGAGGCUGUACCCGCGCGCUUGUGAGGAAGGACUUCUCCAUAGACGCACAGAAACGCACGCCAUGGAUCCGCACUCAGCUUUGCACGUGAAAUCGACCAACAUCCCGGUUAUGGCACUGGUGAUGUUCUCGUAUGUUCACCUAUGUGAUUGCCAGAUCAGCACAACAACUACCGAGACGCAAAAGGAGAGCAGUGGCAUCGACAAUAGCACCGUUUUCACCAGGAUUUUGGAUGGACUCCUGGACGGAUACGACAACCGGUUACGACCAGGACUUGGAGAGAAUGUCACAGAGAUCAAGACCAAUAUUUUUGUAACGAGCUUCGGACCUGUUUCUGACACUGAGAUGGAGUACACCAUCGACGUGUUCUUCCGCCAGAGCUGGAGAGACGAGCGUUUACGUUUCAAGGGUCCUAUGGAGAUGCUCGCGCUCAACAACCUCUUGGCGAGCAACAUCUGGACUCCCGAUACUUUCUUUUUAAACGGAAAGAAGUCGAUCGCGCACAACAUGACCACGCCCAACAAGCUGCUGAGGCUGCGGGACAACGGGACGCUGCUGUACACCAUGAGACUGACCAUCUCUGCCGAAUGCCCCAUGCAGCUGGAGGACUUCCCGAUGGACGCUCACGCCUGCCCCCUAAAGUUCGGAAGUUAUGCUUAUCCUGUAUCGGAGGUGGUGUACACUUGGACGGAGGGCCACGCCAAGUCGGUUGUAGUGGCUGAAGAUGGAUCAAGACUGAACCAGUAUCACCUUCUGGGACAAACUGCUGGUACUGAAGACAUCCACACGAGCAGAGGGCGGUACACAGUGAUGAUGGCACACUUUUACCUGAAGAGGAAGAUUGGAUAUUUUGUCAUCCAGACGUAUAUGCCUUGCUUCAUGACCGUCAUUCUAUCCCAAGUGUCUUUUUGGCUCAACCGUGAGUCUGUUCCUGCCAGAACCGUCUUUGGUGUAACCACCGUCCUGACCAUGACCACACUGAGCAUCAGCGCUAGAAACUCCCUCCCUAAAGUGGCCUACGCCACAGCUAUGGACUGGUUCAUCGCCGUGUGCUACGCCUUCGUCUUUUCCGCUCUGAUCGAAUUCGCCACUGUCAACUACUUCACCAAGAGGAGCUGGGCCUGGGACGGCAAGAAGGCCCUGGAAGCGCAACACCCCAAGAAACGUGACCCCAUGGUGCUCUCCAAGAAGCCCAACAACGUGUGCUCCGCUGGGGUCAACUACACCCCCAACCUGACGAAAGACGUGUCCAUCGCCACUAUUUCCAACAUGACGUCCGUACCUCUCCGAGGUUCCGAAAGCAGGAUGAUCGACCCCAAAAAGACCUACAACAGCGUCAGCAAAAUCGAUAAAAUGUCCCGAAUAGUUUUCCCAGUUCUCUUCGGUACGUUCAACUUGGUCUACUGGGCGACGUAUCUCAACAGGGAACCGGUUGUCAAGGGAGCGAUAAACCCGACGUAAUUUUUGGUUGAAUUAUUUAUUUUUAUUUUUGUGAAAGACUAAAAAAAAUAUUGGACAGAUGAGUUUGUGGUACGAUUUUUUUUCUUCUAGACAAAAAAAUGUAUCCAAGCUUGGAACUAUCGAGCCGACUGGUGCAAGAUCUUGUUUAACAUUGCCUAAAACUGCUUGAAAAAAAAUACUGCUAGUUUUUCUCUUGCUGCUGCAUGACGCCAUCUUGAAAAAUAAGGGAAUUUCUUUAACAUUUUCUGACUUGUUUACAAAUGUAUAUGUCAGUUUAAAUAUACAGAUACGCACACUUUGACUUUUGGAGAACUCAAAAUCGAAAAAAUCGUUUGACAUUCACCUUCGCUUCGAGAAACUGCAAUAUCCCAUCCAAGAAAGAGUUAAAAAUCACUUAUUUUGAGUGAAAGAAUGGUUUCCCUUGAGAUUAAUGCUGCAAUGUUCUUUAAUAAUUUAGCCUCACAUCUCAGUUCGUAAAAAAAAUAAAAAAAAUAUCGCUAUUGCAGUGGCUGUGUCUCUGUACAGCUUCACUUGAAGAUUCAAAAAGACUUCUGCUGCAAGCCUGAUUUCCCCAAAGAAUUGACAGUCAAAGCAGUUCAUUGUCUUGAUAUGGAAUACACUGAAAAAAGGAGGGAAAUAAAAAUAACAUCUAGC